AUGGCGAAGCGGGCAGAGCGUAGGAAAAUCGAUCUGGAGGAGGGAUGGGCGGUCAUGCGCGAAGGGCAUCACCAAGUCAAGAACAUCCUCGAGGGCAAGCCAGAGCCGCAGACGAUAUACAACAUGUGCACGCAGAAGCCGCCACACGACUACUCGCAGCAGCUUUACGACAAGUAUCGGGAGUCGUUCGAGGAGUACAUCACCUCCAUAUCUACAUUAUGGUUGCAGCCAUUAUAUAUUUUUGUAUCUAACUCCAACAAUCAUGUGUUGCAUGAUGUACACAUGUUAGGAAACUUUGGCGAAGUUGUGAAUGUGGAGUUAUCAAUGGACCGAAUGGUUAACCUUCCUCGUGGCUAUGGAUAUACUGAGUUCAAGAAGAGAGAUGAUGUUGAGAAGGCUCUUCUUUACAUGGAUGGUGGUCAAAUUGAUGGAAAUGUUGUUAAGUUGAGAUUCACUCUUCAACCACGCCAAAGGGCUGCAUCACCUAUGAAAGCUCCGCCCCCUCCUCCAAAAAGAGACGCUUCCCAGAUUGAAAACGGUGUUAGCAGUGCUGAAAAGGAUGCCCAGCAGCGUCCUAGGGAAUCUGUGGACUACACGUGCCUAUCCCUGCUAAAUCUCGCCACCUCCAAGGCGGUUGAGGAGCCCACCAAGAAGGCCACCACCUCCACGUCGCUCUCCUCCUCGCCGACCCCUUCGCUCUCACUCCAGAUCAAUUUCUCCAAGAAGGGGACGAGGGCCUCCAUUGAGGUGUGGGUCCAAGAAGGGUAUCAAGGAGCCGCAGCCCUAGAAGGCCUCCUAGAGGAAGAAGCAUCUCUAGUGACAGCCGAAGCAGCAGUUCACCUUCCCCUAGACGCGUCAGGUAAAAGGAACCCGUGGCAUUGUGUAUCCGGCAGGAGUCUGGAUCUAAAAAUUUAUGUGUGCACGCCUCUGGAUGAGCUUGAUGGCCCGCUUCGGAGGCAACUUUUUGCAAUCAAUGGCUCCAUUGAAGCACUGAAAAAAUACUGGAUGUCCGAAGGAUGCUCUAUUCUGGCUUAUAUAGAUCUUGGUGAUGAUGGAAGAUGGAUGUUAAACUUGGCAGUUGAUUGUUCUCAUGGUGUGUCAUUCCUUCGUUCCAUCGAACUACCUUCAGGCAGCUACGACCAAGCAUUUGUUUGCCGACUAGUUGAUUCUUGUAUUGAAGAAAUUGGAGAGAAAAAUGUGGUGCAAUUCAUUGGGGACGUUGGUAUAGAGAAGACUGGAGCAAAUCUGCCUCGAAAGAGACCGAACAUAUUUUGGACUCAGUGUGCUGCAAGUUCCAUUGAUUUGAUGCUUGAAGACAUAGGGCAUAUUUGUUUAAUCAAGAAAACAAUCGCUAAAGCAAGAUCACUCACAGCUUUUAUUUAUGCACAGACAAAUUUGCUGGACAUGACCCGAAAGUUCACCAACCAGCAGGAUUUUGAAUGGGAGGACAGCAAGUGGUCAAAGGAAGCAGUGGGCAAGAAAUUCUAUAAUUUAGUAGUGAGCAAUGAGUUUUGGCAUAAUGUGCUAUAUGCUAUAAAUAGUUUUGAACCACUAGUGGAGGUUCUGAGGAGGAUGGGGAGUGGCAGACCCUCUAUGGGAUACAUAUAUGGUGAACUUAUGAACGCUAAAAAGGAAAUUGCCUUUCGCUUUGAAAACAAGGAAGAGCACUAUUUGCCAGUAUGGCACCAUAUAGAUUUUAGAAUAAAUUUGUACAUGAUGAAACCAUUGCACUUAGCUGCUUAUUAUUUGAAUCCUUGGUUCUACUAUCAAAAUAGACAUGAAAUUGAAAAUACAGAAAUAUUCAGAGAUGCACUUUUUGAGUGUGCAUUUUCCUGGUGGCAAUUACAUGAUGGUACAGCAAAGGAGUUGAGUGCUAUGGCACUGAGGAUACUGAGGUUAACCUGUCGCUCACUGGCCUACGAGCCAAGUUGGAUUGAAAUGAUCCAUAAAGAAAAGCCAUCUUGGAUUAAAAAAUUUCAAUUUGAGGAUUCAAUGUUUGUGACCGUCAACAGAAGGAUACAAGGGAAAGCUCAAAUGAGAGAUAGAGAUCAUGUACUUGCGUACCUUCACCGUGACGACGAACCAUUUGAAUGGCUGGUGGGCAUGUUUCCCUAUGAGGCCCAACUACAGGAUAAUUGGGAUUUGCUGAUGGCACGAGCGAGAAGCGGAGAUGGAGUAGGUCUAGCGAAGCUGGCAAAUAAAUUAUUUAUCGAGGCAGAGUAUGUGGCAUCCGAUGAAGAAAGUGAUGAAGAAGCACCAUGUCAGUCUAUCAAAAGGAAGACGUUGUCUGGUGCUUCAUGCUCAAAACGAGAGAAGAGGCCACGGCUGGUCAAAGGUAAUCUGAAAGAUGAUGAGUCCGAGGGAAGUGAUGGAAACAUCAGCUACUAA